AUGAGCAUAUCCAUUGGUUCUACGUGGCCGCCCUCCAUCGCGGCUCUACACGCUCGCCUGAUAAUCAAAUCUUUUCAGCGAAAGGCCCAAACCAGAACAUUCUCUGAUUCGUCCCUUCGACCUCCUCCUUGUCGACAUCGUCGAACGAUCGUAAGGGAACAACCAUGUAUCUGGACGAGUCAGAGGAGGCCCUUCUCUGCGACAUCUAGAAAUGAAGUUACGAAGGAUCCGUACCAGACUCUAGGAGUCAGCCAGAGCGCAUCUCCAUCCGAGAUCAAGAAAGCAUAUUAUACACUUGCGAAGAAGUACCAUCCGGAUACGAACAAAGACCCAAACGCAAAAGACAGAUUUUCAGAAGCCCAGUCGGCGUAUGAACUGCUUCAAGACCCAAAGAAGAAAGAGAUGUGGGAUCAAUAUGGUGCUGCAGCGUUCGAUCAAGCAGCAGGAUUUGAUCCCAGCGGAGCUCAAGGCGGAAACCCAUUCGCCGGCGCAGCGGGAGCAGGAGGGCCGUUCCAAGGCUUUGGCGGUGGAUUCGGGGCCGAGUUCAAUUUCGAGGAUCUAUUUGGUGCUUUCACAGGUCAGGCUCGGAGGGGAAGAGGGGGACGGCAGUCACCGUUCCAAGAAGAGAUACUAGUCGGUGAAAACAUUGAAGUUCAGACAAACAUCUCAUUCAUGGAUGCUGCGAAGGGCGUUUCGAAAGACAUAUUUGUUACACCACUGGUGACUUGUGGUACAUGUAAGGGCAACGGCCUGAAGAAGGGCACCCAGAGGAAGACCUGCUCGGCAUGUAAGGGCACUGGCACAAAAGUGCAUUUCAUGCAGCAAGGCUUCCAAAUGGCCAGUACUUGCGAUGUCUGCGGUGGACAAGGUGUCACGAUCCCUCGAGGCUCAGAAUGCCAAACCUGUGCAGGCAACGGCGUUGUCCGACAGCGUAAGACUGUUCGUGUUGAGAUCCCUGGCGGUGUCGAAGAUGGCAUGCGAUUACGGGUGGCAGGGGAGGGGGACGCCGCACCUACCGGUAUGGCUGCCAACCCCAAUGCAAAGUCCACUCAAGGCGAUCUCUACGUCUUCAUCAGAGUUGCGCCAGACUCACGAUUUAGCCGUAAUGGCGCGGACGUCCUAUACACCGCCACAAUUCCUCUGACUACGGCCCUGCUGGGUGGAGAAGUCACUGUCCCGACCCUAGAUGGAGAAGUCAAAGUUAAGGUUGCCACCGGGACUGGUACAGGUGAUAGAAUUACGCUAGGAGGCAUGGGUAUGAGGAGGCUGGGCGGAAGGCGAGCAGCUUCCGGCGAUUUACGGGUAGAGUUCAAAGUCGGUAUGCCCAAAUAUCUCAGCGCCAAUCAGCGAACGAUUUUGGAGAUGCUGGCAGAUGAGAUGGGCGACAAGACCGCGAAGAGGAUUAUGAAUAUUGGCCAGUAUCAAAAAAAUAAUGACACAUCCUCGAAAGCAUCACCGUCGUCAUCGACCUCCUCUAACAAAGCUUCGGACCACAAAAAUGAAGGGUUCCUCAAAUCAGCUUGGCAUAGACUGACCAACCAACAUGAAAACCUUGAACCGGACGACGAUAACAAAACCAGCAAAGGUAUCGACAACAAAAGCACGGACAACCAAGACGAAGAACCUAAAAAGGCGUCAGGCUCAGGCUAG